AUGAAGCCUAAAUUUAUUAAUUGUGAGAUCUCUUUAAUAUAUUUUUUCUUGCUUAUACCAUGGCCGCAAUAUUCUGUGAUUAAAAAUUUUUGCUCUAAAGAUAGCAGUCGCUUAGUGCGAAAAGUUAUUAGAUCUAAAUGGAUGCCGAUAUUAGAUAAAUAUCAGGUGAAAUUGCCUUCAGAAUGUCCUUUGCAUCCCUCACGAGAUUUUUUUUCACCACGGCAAGAUGCAAAGAAGCGUGAUAGACCAACACAAUGGACUUGUCGUUUAUGUGGAAAGAGUUUUUUUCAAGAAAGCCUUUUAGAUCUUCAUUUCGAAAAGCGUCACAACUCCACGGUUAAUAAGGUGGAAGAUGCUGUUUGUUUGUCAGAUUUUUGCGAUAUAAUGAGAUGUGAAGUUUUUCAAACCGAAGAAUCUUCGAGUUUACAAAAUGGUGAACAAUAUAUGGUAACGGAUAUUGAAGUAUGGGGAGACUCAUUAGGACAAAGCUCAGCGAUUGCAAAAGCAAACUCCGCUUAUUUAAGCAUUUUACCCCUAAGAACAUCAUCUGCGUCACAAUCAGCUAAAGUACAAAGUCAAUAUAUGUGUCAAGAGAAAAACAGCCAAAAUAAUAUUAAGAAUACGGAUAAUUGCAAUUUUACGAAAGGAUCGGAUGUCAAAAUAAAAGCUGGCAAUGCCACAAAUAUGCACAAUAUCCGCGCUAGCUGUAAGGCGGAAGAACUAAGUAAAUUGAAGCUAAAGUGCGAACAAUUGGUUCGAACCUGCAUCACAGGAUUACUGAUUACAAUGUCAAAUGUGGCAUUCAAAGAGAUGGAAGAUGAAAUGAAUAAAGCAGUUUGCUGGUAUCUAUCUUGUGAUCGUUACUGGGAGGAUGGUCCAUUGGAGCCGAGAGCAUUUCCAUGGGGUCUAAUAGUAAUUCUUAUAUUCGUGCUGUCCACAGGAAUCUGUUUCUGUUAUUACAUUAUUUGGAUACUAUUUGAUUCUGACGAGACAGCAAUUAAUUCAAAUCACCACAUUAGUCAACACAAUCAGUGUCUUAAAUAUUCUCCGGAUAGUCCAGGUGGUCAGUUAUUUUCACAUCAACAUAUGCACGACUUAUAUCCUGAACAAUCCCAAGCAGAACAUCCCUACAGUUUAAGACAUUAUUAUGGGGAUCAAAUUCAAAUCGAUACCAGCAGCAGCACAACUCACAGGAACGGUCAGCGUACAUCGACACCAUUACGCCGUCAAGGUCAAAAUAAUCUGCCAUAUCAGGAAAACAAUAGCAAUUCCAAUACAGCAAUAGCAGCAACUAGCACAGCAUCACUAGCUAAUACAAUCGAUUACAAGGUUAAUUCAUUGAGUGACGCAGCCGCAAAGCCAAUCAAUUCUCUUCAGCAUUCAUUGGAUAUGCAUCAUAGCUAUGUGGGCGCAUCUCAGCCAUCUCUACAUGCCUCAUCAUCCGCUCACGACAUCAUCGAAAACGAAGUAGGUCAGAACGAGCACUAUAUUUAUGUUACUUACCCACCCGAUUUGAAGAAACGCUUUUUUGAGAAAUUUGAGUGAUGACUUGCCUAGGACAGAUGCUGUGACAUUAUACUUAACAUAAAUGUUUCAUAAAUUUUAUUUAAAAUUUCAUAAUAUAAAGAGUGCAAUUCUUUAAUAAACGAAUGAACGCAAAAUGAUAUAUGAAGAAUGAUAAAUACACACAAAUAAUUGGUGGAAACCCACUUUGUUACGAUGUACGAUCCACAUAAUUACAAUUUACUUUUCAAGCAAUUAAUUGGGACCAGGAGUUUAAGCUUUUUCUGUAUCCGAAGAAUAAAUUAUUUCAAGUUUUAAUAUA